AUGCAGAAAGAUGCUGGCAAGUUCAUGGACCUGUAUGUGCCGCAGAAAUGCUCCAUGAGCAACAGGGUCAUUGGGGCCAAGGACCAUGUGUCCAUCCAGAUGAACAUGGCUGAGGUUGACAAGGUCACAGGCAGAUUCAAUGGCCAAUUUAAAACUUAUGAAAUUUGUAGAGCAAUAUGUAGAAUGGGAGAAUCUGAUGACUCUAUUCUCUGA